AUGGCAUCGCCCCCGGACGCAGCCCUGACGAUAUCGUCCACUAGCGUGUGUGCAGCCCUCAUCAUCGCCCGCUGCGUCUACCGUCUGGUGUUUCGAUGUCACAUCCACCCAACGUGCCAUCGUCGCUGGCGCAGCGACGACUUUUACAUGACCAUUGCCAUUCUGCCCCUCAUCGGUCGCGCUCUGUGUAUCCUGUACUCGUUCUACCUCAACCCGAACCAUACCUACCACCCGGCAACGCAGGCUGAGGCAGAGGGCUGGGGUGUUGAUGUGCAAGAUUUGAACGGCGACAGGGAGCUUUCGCACAAGUUACUUCUUCCCGCACGAAUCUUUUACGCAAUGUUUCUGUGGUGCUUGAAACUUGGGCUGUUGGCGUUUUAUUCCCGCUUCAUCGAUGUCUUUCGCUGGGGCAAGAUGGUUACAGAUGCGCUUUGGUGGUUCAUCAUGGCCACAUUUGUCGCAGUCUUUAUAACAAUCCUGGCCGAAUGCCGACCAAUGUCACUGUACGUUUUGUUUGCUCAACAACAAGUAACUCUUACUGAUAGACUUUAUAUUAGAAUGUGGACGCUCGAUUAUGAUGAUAGCAAAGUUAGAUGCAACCGAGCCGUGGGUAAUUUGAUCCUAAUGGCAGUCUGCAACAUUAUCCUCAACGUCGCCCUCAUCAUCCUCCCGUUUCCGAUGCUGCGACACCUCCGACUCGAUCUCAAAGAGAAACUACAACUUGGCUUCUUGUUCAGCGUGGGCGCUGUGCUGGUAGCCAUUACCAUCCUCCGCCUCCCUUUAAUCCUCAACCAAUCCGUUUCGCAAAGGUCCCGAUCAAUGUGGGCUUCGAUCGAGAUCCUUUGCUCAUGCAUAGUCGCCAACACUCCCUUCUUUUAUGCCCUCGUAAAAGAUCUAAAACGACAACACGACGACCGACCCGAGAGAUCACCGUCCAACGCUACGAACCCGAGCGACUUUUACGACCUACAAAGCCUACCCUCUUCAGCAGGCGCGCCGAUACCGAUACCACCAACGAUAUCGCCCGCCACAUCGAAAUGUUCUAUCAAAUACUGCGAAAAUGUUUGA